CGCUCGCUUAUAAAAAGGCCCGCGGCCUAGCAGGGGAGGACACACACUCUGCUUCUCACUUCUCACAGUCCCCAAUUCUCAAUUCUCACCACCCCCACUGGAAUCAAUCUCUCGGCAGUCGGCACACAGAAGCAGUCAGCAAUGGCGGUGAAGCAGAAGAUCGUGAUCAAGGUGGAGAUGGCGAGCGGCAGGUGCCGGUCCAAGGCGAUGGCGCUGGUGGCGGCGACGCCGGGGGUGGACUCGGUGGCGCUGGCCGGGGACGGCAAGGACCAGGUGGUGGUGGUGGGCGAGGGCGUCGACUCCAUCAACCUCACGAGCGCGCUGCGCAAGAAGGUCGGCCCCGCGGAGAUCGUGCAGGUCGGCGAGGCCAAGAAGGAGGAGAAGAAGUCGGCAGAUGCUGCCGCCGCGAUCAACUACCCUGGCUACUGCUACUACCCGUACCACUACCCGCCGCAGACGGCGCUCGUCUACGAGCAGCACUACCCUGCCGCUGUCGCCGGCUACGGGCACGGGUACCCCCUGUACGCGGAGCCGGAGCGGGACAAUUGCUCGAUAAUGUAGAACAAGCUGGUAGAUUAGCACGUUAUAAUCCUUAUACUUGCUGGUUUUUUGCAAGCCGUGUGGAGACGAGCGCCAUCCCAAUUUAACGGCGACUGCGAGUGAAGAUUAUGCAUAGUCUGUUUGUUCUGUGAUUUAGGAGUACUUGUGAGGCCUCCAUGCGGGCUCUCGAGAUUAAUCGAUCCUGAAGCAGUAGGCCGCGACAGACAAGCUUGAAGUUCAUGUAUGUUGAAACUGCAAAGGAGGCCAAUUGGGGAAAGCAUGUUGCUCCCAAUAAGCAAAGCCAUGCCUAUGUGCCACUGUUAGGACUUGGCUUGGGAAGCAUCAACGGUACAAAUGUGUAGAUUUCAAGUUUUCAAACAUGGAAUGUCUGAGAUGAUAUUAUUUUAUCGAGAGUUUGUAUAAGAGAGAUUGGUACCUAAUUAUUUUUGCCGAAAUUAA